GCCUACUUCGUGGAGAGGAAGAAGCGCUUCUGCAAGAUGAUCCCGGCUCCUGGGAGGCGUUUUUGCGGAGAGCAUGGGCAGCAGGAGGAAGAAAAUGGCAGGAAAAGAAUUCCAUGUCCUCUUGAUCCAAAACAUACUGUGUAUGAAGACCAACUACAAAAGCAUUUAAAAAAAUGUAAUUCAAGAGAGAAGCCAAAUCCAGUCUACUUUGUUCAAGAUAUUAAUGCAGGUUUAAAAGAUGUAACAGAAAUACCAGAAAAACAAGUACCUAUCUCUUCUCUAUCCAAAGAAGAGCUGGAGAACCUAAUUAUCAAGUUGAAAAAAGCCAGCAAUGGCCUGGAACUUCGCCUUAAGGAACAAAUACUGUCCCACCACGCUUUACAAGAAGCCUUAAAUGACCCAAAGAAUGGGGAAUCUGCUUUCAAACACUUGAAACAACAGGCUUCUAUUUUAGGUAAUAUGGAAAAAUUACAUUUACUUGGUCCAGGAAGAUGUUUUGUUGAGUUUGGAGCUGGGCGAGGAAAGCUGUCUCAUUGGGUUGAUGUUGCUUUACAGAAUGUUGAAGAUACUCAGUUUUUGCUUGUGGAAAGGGCAGCUACAAGAUUCAAGGUGGAUGGAAAACAUAAAAGGAGAGAUUCUGUAUUUGAAAGGCUUCAAGUUGAUAUUCAACAUUUAUGUUUAAAUAAGGUACCUAUUUUGGAGAAGAAAAAAACACCAGUGGUAGGAAUGGGGAAGCAUUUGUGUGGUGCUGCGACAGAUCUUGCUUUGAGAUGCUUGGUUGAAAGUUACACAACUUGCUGUGAUAGAGAAAAUGAAGAGCCUGCACCAAAACGCUCUAGGACUGAUAAGACAGAGGUGGCUUCUAACAGUUCUGCUGAUAAUGAAAGUAACAAAGAAGACUGUAAGCCUGUAGCUGGAAUUGUUAUUGCACUGUGUUGCCAUCACAAGUGUGACUGGACACAUUAUGUAGGCAGAGAGUUCUUUAGAUCAGUAGGACUUGGACCAGUAGAGUUUAAUUAUUUUCAGAGAAUGAGUAGCUGGGCCACUUGUGGCAUGCGAGAAACUACAACCAAGGCCUCUACAAGCGAAGACAGUGAAGAUCAAACUAAUGACACAGAAGAGCAUAAGCAAACAUUCAGCAAGACAGAGAGUGGUUCUGAUACUUUACAAGGGAUACUUACUGUUGAAGAACGAAAGGAGAUAGGUUGCCUCUGUAAACUGCUGAUUGAUCAUGGCCGGAUUGAAUAUUUACGACGACGAGGAUACAAGGCUGCAUUACAGUAUUAUACAGAGGCUGCUGUGUCCUUGGAGAAUGUCCUGUUGACAGCUGUCCCAAGUCCAUCUUUGAUACCAGAGCCAACUACAUGACAGGAGAUAGAUUUGGAAUUGGUA